AUGAUUACCGGUACUGAGCAACAAACAGCAGCGGUGGAUAAAAAAGAAUACCCUGUUAUAGCUUUGAUCAACAAGGUUUACGCGCGUCCAGUUACCCUGAAUGAUUUAAAGCGUACUCAGGAAAUCGUGGACCUAAUUAAUACGGCUUUUAUGACAAACGCCAGUUGGACAUCAGUCAAAAGCUUUCUUAAAGGUGCCAGAGUUACGUACGAAGAGAUCGAAGAGCUAAUCCGCGAAACUGCAGCUGGAAACAAACGUACUAUGUUUAUUUGUGCUUUUGAAAAGCGCUGGGCUCAGGAUAAACAAGAAAAUGAGGAGUCUCUCGUCGCCACUCACUUAAUUAUUGAAGCAAAACUUCCACCUGCAGGAAGGAUCGAGGCACCAGAGGAAGAUGAUAGCGGUAGCUUGGGCUACAAUUCUACUGUUUUCAUCGUAUUCGAGGCAAGGGCAGAAAUGAUAGCCUGGUAUCGGAGGAUGGGUGCACGGGUGAUAGGUGUGAUGAAGCACCCAAAUCCUCAGCGGCUCAAGGACAAGAAUUCAGUCUAUCUUUUGAUGAAAUUUAAUUUUGAAGACAUUGCGAGGGUAUACAAGUUGUAG